UAUCAUAGGUUGCAGCAGAAAUCAAAAGAAGUUGAUCAGGAUUUAAUUGAGUCAAUCAACACACUUCAAUAGAUUAUAAUCAAAUAGUAUAUCAAUCCAAAAGUCAUUACAAUCAAUAUCCCUAACACAUGGAACUAGGGUUCUUCAUACCCAAGUGAGAGAAGGGUCUACUCCAUAGAGAGAGAGGGGAAAACAAUAUUCAAAGCAAUCAUACUCAUAACAAUGGGAAGAAUCUGCUAUGGGAUGAUAAUCUUCACUCCAAGGAAGAAAUCCAAGCUUGAUUGAUGAAACCCAGCUCAAAAAUCAGUCAUAGGGUUUGUUCUUCGCACUUUCUCUCUCUAGAACUCUGUUUUUUGCUCAAAAAGUCGAAUCCCCUUCUCCAAAACCCGAAAUUGGGUUAAGAUGCAGUUGCGCGCGAUUGCACGGCCAGAACGCACGACAGUGCAGUCUCCUAAUUUGCCCGUGCACCCCAAAUCGCAGAGUUACAAUUAGUUUCGCGAGGGGAGUGCAUGGCCAUUGCAUGGCCCGUGCAAUCCAAGAUCCUGGCCUUGCAGCUCUCUCGCAUAAUUCACCACGGCCACAAAUUCAUUGUGCACGGUGUCGCAACCGCUCCUCCAUAUUGGGGGACCCGUCGCGAUAUGCUCGGAGUAGCCAUCGAUCUUAAUUGUGGUGGAUCGAACACCUUUUGGCCGGUCUGGACCUUAGGGACGAAACCGGGAUUUGGUCUGUGAAAUUUUAGAGAUUUGGGUUCGGGUGUACGGUUACUUGUGGGGAAGUGUAUUCACACCCACAAUGCCUCAAAUGGGUACUACUUAAACGAUAAAUUUUUAAUGGUUGGACUUGGGUGUAUUAUUAUUUGCGGUUUUAUUUAUGCAUUUAAUUCUAAAUUCAAUUAGGUAUUUAUGAAUGUCCAAUUUUGAUCACACUUCUAUCGACGUAAUUCUCAAAAUUAAGAAAGAGUUUUUAAUUAGUUGGACUCGAACCUAUUGGUUGCCUACAUACCCGAGUAGUCGAGAUCAAAGUCCACGUAGUUCAAUCAAAAUGAGUGAUUUGAAAAGUUGACGUUUGCACGUUGAAUUGGUAAGAAAAUUGGUUAGUUGGACUUGAAACCUAUUGGUUGCAAACGUACCCGAAUAGUCGGGAUCAAAGUCCACGUAGUUCGUUUAAGUAGAUAGGUGUUGGUAAGAGAAUAUUAACAAGUUUCUAUUGAUAUAAAUUUUUUUUUCGCAAAGUCAGUGAUGAAAAGAAAAGUCAUAACGAAGAAGAAAGAAAAGCGCGAGAGUCGACCAAUAGUCGAACUCUCGAUGAGAGGGCCUUUUGUGCCACAUGAUGGGCAGCCCUAUUGAGAUGACGGGACACAAAACAGUAAGAGAUACUGCUAAACGAUGAAGCCAAGCUCUUAGCAUCCGCCAAAAUAGCACCUCCCCGAUCAUGAUGCAAAUCACCUCCAACCAUCCACCGGAUUAAAAGUUGAGAGUCCCCAUGCAAAGAAACAGCAAGAAAGGAAUUGGUUAGACACCACUGCAAGGCAUCACGCAAGGCUAAACACUCCAUAAUAAAUGGAUCUUGAAUACCAUCAUAAUAUUUGCCAAAAGCAAAGAGCACAGUACCUGUCCCAUGGAAACCUACGAAACCGAUACUACCUCCUUGGCCACGCUUGGCCGCCCCAUCAAACCAAACAUUAAUAAUGGAAGACAAUCCCGAGGUCAGGGAGGACCCAACACGUUCCGCUGCGGCGGGGAGACGAGAAGUGCUACGAUGAGCCUGAGGCGGAGAUGCCUGAGUAGCCUCCCUCCACUCAUCGACUUGCCGUUGAUACUGACGAAAUAAUGCAAAAGGGAGAUACUGAAUGUGAUAUAAUUUGCGUUUUUAAGAAUUGUAAUUUGGUAAAUAUGAAAUUGGGAUUUGGUAAUUUGAGAAAAUGUUAACGCUCGAGAACCUUAUUACGUUUUAUUAAAUGCGAGUUAUGUAUUAAGGACAUUUAAAAGAACAAUUAAUAGGCUGGUAGUCUAUCUUGUUAAUAGACUAAACAAAUGGUGAUUGAUGUUUUUAAUUUUCGAUACUUUUUGUUUUGUAUAGGGACGUUAGCGACUGGUAAGUUUUAGGAAAUUAGGAGGAUAAUUUGGUCUUUGAGUGAGCCGACUGUAUAUACUACACUUAGGGGUCGUUUGGAGAACAUGAUUCAGGACAUGGAUUCACUGAAUUCGUAGAUUUUGUUGAAAGUUAUGUUUUUUUGUUGCUUUUUGUAUUGUGAAUUCUAGCUUUAGAGAUUUCAAAUCUCUAAAAUCUUCGGAUAUCAAAUCUCUCAUAAUUAGAGAGAUUCUAUAUCUUGAUUCGUGAGAUUUUUUCUCUCCUAAUUUUUCUCAUCCUUUUAUUUAUUUAUCACAUGAAAUAUAUUUAUCAACAAAGUUUUUUAUAUUUCUCGAACCACUCUAAUUUUUUAUUAAGGAUAAACAUGUUAUUUAAUA